AUGUACACAACCUCUCAGGCCGCGCACCAGGUCUUCCGCAAAUUUGAGACGUACAGCAUCUCCACGCACGCCGCGGUCUUCACCCUCCCUCCGCUCGUGACCGCCAUCUUCAGCGCGCCCCCGGGCCCUCCCUCCGUCUCGUUCGUCGUCUACCUCGCCACCCUCGUGCUCGCCAUCCUCGGCUCGCGCGCUACCCCGGUCCACUCGGAUGCAACACCUGUGUCUCUCCAUGAUCAGUACGGCAACGUGGUCAGAAUCGGUGCGUGUCUACGUUCUCGCGUUCUCCUCGCGGGCCGAACGAGCUCUCCAUCCGCGUCUGUGGUAAACAAACUCUACGGCAACUCUGGCGUCCCCUCCGGCACCAACCUGCCUAUGGUCGGUCUCAUGGGCACAGAUGCGCACCUCCGCCGUCAGCUCCUCGCCAAGCGCGCGAACCAGCUUCUCAGCCGGUUGGAGGACCAGAAAGGCCAAGUGGUGAUCAUGGGACAUUGGUUCGAAUUCUUCUCAUAUGACUUUAUGUGCGAGAUGGCAUUUGGAGGUAGUUUGGAGCUGCUCGCCGCCGGCAGGGAUGAGGAGAAGACCCUCGAUGAUGCCAUGGCUAUCGGGCAUGCUCCUGGGCUCGCCAUCUACGUCGCCAAGAUCCCAGGCGCUACCGGUAAUUUCAAGAUUUUCCUCGACUACUGCAUUAGCUUCACCAUGACGCGCCUCAAGCGUGGCUCUGAGCACAAGGAUCUGUUCCACUAUCUUAACAACGAGGACCUCCUAGACAAGCCCUCUCCGCCUGUUCAGCAGCUCGUCGACGAUGGCGUGCUCGCCAUUGUCGCCGGUGCUGACACCACCGCGAGCGCGCCGACUGUGUUCGUCUUCCGUCUCCUCGAGCAUCCGGAAGUGCACGAGAAGCUUCGGCGAGAGAUCGACAAGUACUAUCCGGCUGGUCAGGACGCGAUGGACGUCAAGAAUCACCGCGAGUUGUCGUAUUUGACGGCGUGCAUUAACGAGACCCUUCUUAUUUUCCCAUCCGUCCCUGGAUGCAGCCAGCGUCAAGUCCCCGUUGACAGCCCCGGUGUUGUCGCCGGCGACCUUGUGCUCCCACCCGGCACGAUGUUCUGGUGCCACAUCUACUCGCACCAUAUGAGCCUGGCGAACUUCGCGCCGCACACGACCGACUUCUGGCCCGAGCGCCGGCUGCUCGCGUCCGGCGAACUCGCCGAGGCGCGCGGCGUAUGCAACGCGGACCUGGUGCACAACGAGAGCGGCUUCCUGCCAUUCAGCGCAGGCCCGAUGAACUGCGUCGGCGAGGCGCUCACGAUGCGGGAGAUGCGCGCCGCCGUCGUCGCGCUUCUGCGGCGGUUCGUGCUCAAGAAGGGUGCCGGCUGGGACACGGCGUGUGUGGGAAGGGACUACAAGGACUACUUCACCACGCUGCGGCCGGAGUCCCCGGUAGAGGUACCUGUGCUGAAGCAAUGA